UCCAAUAUGCCACUCACCGGACGUGGGUGAGAUGAAAUGAAUCUUUUAUUCUUGAUUGAGAACUCAACAACACAAAACCCUAACUAAACUCUGCUUCACUUUACUUGGAUGAAUGGCUUCUCAAAUGUCGAUCUUCACUCGAACCAAGACCCUUCUUUCUAAAACCCUGAACCCAAAUGUCAAACUCAAUUCUAUCUCCAUUUCUACAUUCACUUUCCUUUCCCAACAACCCCAACUCGUUGAGUCAACUGAGCCAUCUCCUCUCCCGCCAAACCCAGCCACUGGUAGCCCAUUAUACAACGAAAACUGGCGGAACCCGGUUGCCAAUUCAGCCUCUGUGGCUCAGUCCCUUAUUCCUUUAGGUUUCCUUCAGAACAUGGCCGCUCCACGCAUUCAGGUAUUAUCACAAACACUUGAUGUGGGGGCCUUAAUGAAUACUUUCGCUGAUUGGAUGACGAGUCAAAGGUGGUCAGAUAUGAAGCAACUCUUUGAGUUUUGGAUUCGGAGUUUAGACAAGAAUGGGAAGCCCAACAAGCCGGAUGUUAAUUUGUAUAAUCAUUACUUGAGGGCUAAUCUGAUGAUGGGCGCUAGUGCUGGCGAUUUGCUUGAUUUAGUGGCCCAGAUGGAGGAUUUUGCUAUUCUGCCUAACACAGCGUCGUUUAAUUUGGUCUUGAAAGCUAUGUACCAUGCCAGAGAGACCGAAGCUGCUGAGAAGUUGCUCCAACGGAUGCUGCAAAGUAAGAAAGAAUCUCUGCCUGAUGAUGAGUCAUAUGACCUAGUCAUUGGCAUGCUAUUUUUAACAGACCAGAUUGAUGCUGCUUUGAAAUACAUUGAUAUGGCCUUGAAAUCUGGUUAUAUGUUGUCUAUGAAAGUGUUUGCUGAAUGUGUGCAAAGCUGCGUUACCAAGGGCAGGCUGGAUACUCUGGUAUCCAUCAUUGAGAAGUGCAAGUCUAUGGAUCAAAACAAAGCACUCUGUCCAACCUGGAUCAUGUGUAAUUAUAUUGCAGAAGUUGCAACUCAAGAAGAUAACAGCAGGUUAGCAUUUUAUGCCUUGGAAUUUAUGGCCAAAUGGAUAGCUCAGGGUGAGAAUGCAAGGCCCCCUGCUCUGCUUUCUGUAGAUGAAGGAUUGGUUGUGUCAGUGCUUGGAACUGCAGGAAGGACCUACAGUCAAACACUAUUGGAUGCAUCAUGGGCUAUCCUACGACGCUCUUUGCGUCAAAAGAAGGCCCCUAACCCUGAAUCUUAUCUUGGAAAAAUUUAUGCUCAUGCAUCAUUGGGUGAUCUUCAAAGGGCUUUUAGUACCUUGCAUGAAUUUGAGACUGCCUAUGGGAAUUCCAACAACUACGUAGGGGAGGAACUUUUCUCACCAUUUACCUCAUUAAAUCCAUUGGUUGUUGCUUGCUCCAAGAAGGGUUUUGAGACAUUGGACUCGGUGUAUUUUCAGCUUGAGAAUUUGAGCAAGGCAGAUCCUCCUUACAAAUCUGUUGCUGCUCUAAACUGUAUAAUUUUGGGUUGUGCUAAUAUUUGGGACCUUGACCGUGCCUACCAAACUUUUGAGGCAAUUGGAACUUCUUUUGGGUUGACACCGGACAUUCAUUCAUACAAUGCUCUAAUGUAUGCAUUUGGGAAGCUCAAGAAGACAUUUGAGGCUUCAAGGGUGUUUGAGCACUUAGUAAGUUUGGGUGUUAAACCCAAUGCAAUGUCAUAUUCUUUCCUUGUUGAGGCCCAUCUUAUCAACCGAGAUCAGAAAGCUGCUCUUGCUGUGAUUGAUGACAUGGUAACUGCUGGAUUUUCACCAUCAAAAGAAACUCUAAAGAAGGUUAGAAGGCGAUGCUUACGAGAAAUGGACUAUGAAAGUGAUGACAAGGUUGAUGUCCUGGCCAAAAAGUUUGAGAUUCGAAUGGGCACAGAGAAUCGUAGGAACAUACUGUUUAAUCUCCAGUACAGCUCUGAAUAUGCCUAACAAAGUUGGCUUUCAUUUCUCAGUCUCGAAAUUCUCAAUGAUGAGGAUGUUGAUGUUCCACAAAUUUGCAUGUUCAACAUCUUUUAUUUUUGACAAGCCUUCAUCUUUUUUUUUUUUUUUUUUGUAAAUUAUCUGAUUGUUAUCAAUUUUUAGUUAAUGCUAGGAUCAUAACCCUCCUACAGCAAUAUAUAAAAUUUCACCUGUUUAUGCCUGUAGUGUUUUUGGGAAAACACUUGCAAGGUAGUGAAAUGCCAAUCCAAUAGAUUUCCCAUAUUGUUCAAUAAUUUUAGUACCAUCCCAAAUAUUUAAAGAUGCUUAGAGCAUAUAUGCUCUUGUUUUAUAUAUUUAAUUUGUCCUUUCGGUGGCCUGUUUAUUUAACCCAUAUUUUCUAUAUAAUAAAUUAAUAGCUGGUUUUACUUUAA